AUGGGAGUAGAAACACACGCGUACCCCCCACAAAACCCACCACCAUACCCGGGUCCACCAUACCCGGACCCAAUCAUGAAUCAGCCCCAAGGAAUCCCCCUGCAGGGAGGACCUGGAGCAAUGGGACCAACUAUUAUUGUCACCCAAGUUAUGGGUUCUGAGGCUGCUUCUAUGAUUUGCAGAUCGUGUGGUGUUCAAAUAACGACAAGAGUUGAGAGAAUGCCUUCAAUGAGGACACAUUUAUUUGCGAUUUUACUUUGUUUAGUUGGUUGCUGGCCGUGUUCUUGUCUACCUUACUGCGUAGACACAUGCAACAACGCUGAUCACUACUGCUCUAACUGCAACGCAUAUAUUGGCUCUUACAAUGGAGUAUAA